UCCUUUUACCAAAAAAAUAAAAAAGAUCUCUCCUAAUCCGAAUCGCCUUUUUCGUCGAACCGUUUUGAUCUUUUGAAACCCGCCUCUUCCCAUUCGAUUCGACUGUCUUCAUUGCUACUGUUUCUUGGAUUGGUUCUCUUGCUUGAGGAAUUUCUUCGUCGGCGAUCUGAUUUCCCUGGCAGAUCCGACAAAUUGCUGUUUCUGCUGUUUCGAUUUCGGAUACUCAGAUCGGUCCUCACUUUCUUCCUGUACCACGAUUACUUCCACUUCCAGAGCAGUGUUCCUCACUUGGUGCUAGACUCUCGAGAUGCUAGGAACGGGUGUACGCUUUGGUCGCGGCAGGGGAGAGGACCGGUUCUACGAUUCAUCGAGAGCGAGGAAGGGCCUUCUCAGCCGUCAAAAUGAUAGGCUCCGUAGACCUCAACAACACGCUUCCGCUACUACUCCAUCCCGCGCGGUUAAUGAUGUUUUCGUGCCUUCUUCUAUUACUACACGGCCUGGGGACCGUCUGGAGUCUGAUGAAGCUACUGAACCAGUUGCCAUUUCUAAUCCCCAGCCUGCUGUUUCACCGUUAAGUAAUCUCGAGCGCUUCUUACAAUCGACUACUCCGUCUGUGCCUGCUCAGUUUCUCUCUAAGAGUGCGUUGAGAGGUUGUAGAAUGUGUGAUUCGGAGACGCAGCCUUACUUCGUGCUUGAGGAUUUGUGGGAGGCUUUCAAGGAGUGGAGUGCUUAUGGGGCAGGAGUGCCUCUUUUAUUGAAUAACACUGAUGGUGUGGUUCAGUAUUAUGUCCCGUAUUUAUCUGGCAUACAAUUGUAUGCCAUGGAAUCGUCUACAAGGCCAAGGCGAUGGUGUGAGGAAAGUGACAGUGACUACAGAGAUUCAAGUAGUGAUGGUAGUAGUGAUUCUGAAAUAAAGAGAAGAAUAAAACACAGUAGAGAACCACCCCACCAUAGUGAUCCGUUUAUCACAACUCCUUUUAGAAUGGAUAGAUUGUCUUUGAGGGAUCAGCACUUGGGACAUCAUCAGGACUGCUCUAGUGAUGAGGCUGAAUCUUUCAAUUCUCAAGGUCGCCUUCUAUUCGAGUACCUUGAAAGAGACCUACCGUAUUUGCGUGAACCUUUGGCUGAUAAGAUAUCGGACCUUGCUUCACGCUUCCCUCAGUUGAAAACAAUGAGAAGCUGUGACCUGCUACCACAUAGUUGGAUAUCUGUGGCAUGGUACCCAAUUUACAGGAUACCAACGGGGCAAACAUUAAAGGAUCUUGAUGCUUGCUUUCUCACAUACCAUUAUCUACACACACCAAUCAGAAGCCCUCGAAGCCCACAAGUGCCAUCUGUGACAUAUCCUUGUAAGACGGAUGGUGCCAAAAAGAUUCCUUUACGAAUUUUUGGACUUGCUUCAUACAAGUUCAACGGGUCGUCAUUGUGGAUGCGAAAUGGUGGAGUUGAGCAUCAAUUGGCAAACUUCCUUUCGAAGGCAGCUGAUGAGUGGUUAAGAUCUCUCCAGGUCAAUCACCCAGACUUCCAAUUCUUCAGCCGCCAGAUGUAACACCUUACUGAAACAAUAUACUCCUACCAUCUAGAAUACGAAGAUUGACAUGCUGUGGCCCUGGAAAACAAUCCCAUAAUUUGGUGGAUUUCCCGCAUGCUUGGUGAAGGGGAUGGUUCAGGAGGACGGACAGGAGGAAGGCCUCUCGGCCUUAGACGGUCGGGAAGCACAUGCAUGAUGCAGUAACAAAGACCGACAGAAAGCAGAAAACAUUGGUGGCAAGGCACGCUGGUUUAGCAAGGUGUAGGGAUGCUAUAGUUCGAAUAAUCUGGCGCUUUUUUUCCUUAUUUUUCCCGAAGGCCGGCCUUCAUUUGAGAAAUCAGGCCUGCCUGCCUUCCUUUAAACCUCUCUGAUUGACAGUCAUUUUGUAAAAGUAUAGCGUUGUUUAAGGGGAUUGGAUCUGGGAUGCAUUUAGGCAUUCAA